GUUCAUUGCAAAUCAACUCUAGAUUGUUCUUAUAACCAAUUCGAAAUCAAAUAUUUAAACAAAUUUUUUUUAAAAGGACUUGCUACAAAUAGAAAGCAUCAAACAUGGCCGAGUUAACUGGUUUAACCAACUCCGAAGCUGAGGAAUUAUGUAAACCUGUGGAUGCCGCCACCAAGGAUUUCUUAUUUCAACAAACCAUGUACCGCAUUAAGGAUCCACGCAAGUCCUUGCCUUUCUAUACCGGCGUUUUGGGUAUGACGUUAUUGCAAAAAUUGGAUUUCCCUGCCGCUCAGUUCUCUUUAUAUUUCAUGGGCUAUGAAAAUUCAACAGAUGUGCCCAAAGAUACUAAAGAACGCACCAAAUGGGCUAUGAGCCGUAAAGCCACUGUGGAAUUGACACACAACUGGGGCACCGAAAAUGAUCCCGAUCAAAGCUAUCACAAUGGUAAUACAGAUCCCCGAGGUUUUGGUCAUAUUGGUAUAAUGGUACCUGAUGUUUAUGCUGCCUGUAAAAGAUUCGAAGAGAUGGGAGUGGAAUUCGUUAAGAAACCCGACGAUGGUCGCAUGAAGGGUUUGGCUUUCAUCAAGGAUCCCGACGGUUACUGGAUUGAGAUUUUCAAUGCCAAUACUGUAUGCAACUAAAAUGAAUGAAUGCCGGUUAUCAAAUACCGACUUUUUUGUAUUGCUAACUUUGUAUAUUGAAAGUAUUUUUGUAAACAUGUUUAUUUAAUCCAUAUUAAAAGUAAACACAUCAUCUUAUUUAAAUUUAA